AUGACUCGCACCAUCGUUUCUGCACAUGGCAUCACCAAGGCCUGGUGGAAGGGCGCUACAGUGUACCAGAUUUACCCUUCGUCCUUUUGUGAUUCCAACGGCGACGGCGUGGGUGACCUUGGUGGCAUCACCAGCAAGCUCGACUACCUCAAGGACCUUGGCGUGGAUGUCGUAUGGCUCUGUCCCAUCUUCAAGUCGCCCCAAUUGGACAUGGGCUACGACAUUUCAGACUACAAGGACGUCCACGCUCCCUACGGGUCAGUGGCGGACGUGGAUAAGUUGAUUGCCGAGCUUCAUGCCCGGGGUAUGAAACUGGUCCUUGAUUUGGUCGUGAACCACUCCAGUGACGAGCACCCUUGGUUCAUCGAGUCCAAGUCAUCCAAGGACUCGCCUAAGCGUGAUUGGUACAUUUGGCGACCCGCCAAGUACGACUCGGACGGUAACCGCCACCCACCGAACAACUGGCGCGCCUCUCUUGGCGGUGGCUCGGUGUGGGAGUGGGAUGAAGGGACGCAAGAGUACUAUCUGCACUACUAUGUUGCCGAACAGCCAGGUGAGGAGCUUUUUGGCUUGACAAGGGUUGCGAUGGCUAUCGAAUGGACGUCAUUGGGCGUAUUUCCAAAGUAUGUCCGGACCAAACAACCCAUGCUGACAGCAGGACACGACCUUCCCGGACGCGCCGGUCAUCGACCCCACGGCCAAGUGGCAGGAGUUUGGCCGCAAGCCUGGGAAAUGCACAAGGAGGUUCUUUCCAAAUACGACGUCCUUACGGUCGGCGAGUUCAAUCAGAUUGAUUUCACCACCAUGCUCAAGUUCGUGCACCCGAGUCGCAACGAGCUGCAAAUGGGGUUCAACUUUGACCACGUCAACAUUGGCCUGUCGCCGUCGGAACGUUACCUGAUUCAGCCUUGGGAGCUCAAGGAACUGAAAGCAAUCCUCGCCCGGUGGCAGAGUUUCCGCGAGACGGGCGCGUGGCAUGCCUCGUACCUCGAGAACCACGACCAGCCGCGCAGCAUUUCCCGCUAUGCCAAUGACUCGCCCGAAUGGCGCGUCGCCAGUGGCAAACUCCUUGCGAUGAUGCAUGCGACAAUGUUUGGCACCCUCUACGUCUACCAGGGCCAGGAGAUUGGCAUGAUCAACUUGCCCAACACCUGGCCGCUGGAGGAAUGGAAGGAUGUCCAGACGCAAAACGUUGUCACGGCCAUUUUCAAAGCAGGUAUCGACGUCGAGGCCAAGACCAAGCUCGCGUAUGUCAAGGCCCGUGACAAUGCGCGCUCGCCUAUGCAAUGGAGCGCCGAGCCGGGAGCUGGGUUCUCUUCGGCCGAGCCGUGGAUGCGGAUUCCAGAUGACCACAAGGUUUGCAAUGUGGCGUCGCAGCUUGAGGAUGCCGACUCGGUACUCUCGUUUUGGCGCCAGAUCAUCAAGUUCCGCAAGGACCACGAGGAUGACCUGGUACGUCUCAGUUUCGUUAUCCAAGCUGACUGUCAGGUGUAUGGCAACUUUACGCACCUGUCUCCCGAGGACAAUGAAGUGUUUGCCUACGUUCGGGCCAACAGCCUGCUGGUCGCCCUCAACUUUACCGACCACCAAGUCGCUUACCAGCCUCCCAUUAGCGUGAAGGGAGCGACCUUGCUCAAGUCGACAGCUCCAGCCGCUGAAGCUUGUCUGGAGGACACAGUAGUGCUCAGCCCUUACCAAGGUGUCGUUUAUCAGUUGACCGUUUAG